AGAAAUGAGUGGCCUCUUCUUAUUGUUGUCCCAUCCUCACUGAAAUAUCCAUGGAUUGAGGAGCUGGAGAAAUGGAUUCCAGAGCUGGGCCCGGAGGACAUUACAGUCAUUGAGAACAAGGCUGAUGUUGGGAGAAUAGCAUCUUGCAAAGUGACAGUUUUGGGGUACGGCUUGCUGACUUCCGACGCCACCACGCUGAUAAAUGCUCUCUACAAACAGCACUUCAGAGUGGUUUUAGUGGACGAGUCUCACUACAUGAAGUCUCGUAAUGCGUCUCGCAGCAAACUUCUUCAGCCGAUUGUUCAGAGAGCGACAAGAGCACUCCUGCUCACCGGGACGCCGGCUCUUGGAAGACCCGAA